UAUGUACAGAAACAAAAGCUUACAUUUUUCUUCGAAUUUCUAUUAGCAGCCAUGGAAACUCUCUCUCAGAUCUUUACUACCCUCAAAACCAUAACCAUACUCUACAUCAAUCUCCUCCUCCUCAAACUCGCAUCUGCAAUUCAUUCUCUCAUCAGAAGAUUCUCCGGAAAACGCAUAUUCACCACCACCCAAUUCCUCACUUACCUUGAAGAAAAGAAUCCAGCGGUUCUCUACACAAAAGUGGUCAAGAGGCAGCGGGAAACACCGCCUGAAUGUGCAGUAUGUUUAUCGGAGUUUGCUGAGGAGGAAAACGUGAGAGACUUGAAGUGCAAACAUGUGUUCCACAAGGAUUGCCUGGACAAGUGGUUGCUGCAAUGCCGGUCUACUUGCCCACUUUGCAGGUGUAAGGUGUUGCCGGACAAGGUAGUCGCUGGUUAUCGCCAGUUUAAGGACGACCAGAUGGAGUAUGAUCGGAGCAAUGAGGAGAUGGUUUUCAUAGUAUCUCGUUUAGAUGGUAAUGGCUUUUUAAGUUUUUGGUGGUAAUGUUAGCUUAGCUUUGUGGGUUUGGAGAGCACAGCAGGAGGAAUUUUUAUUUAGGUUCUGCAGAAAUUAUGUAAAUGUAAUUAUUGUAAUUGUGGCUAAUAGAGGAUGACUAUUUGAAGUUGUGAUUUGAAGGAAA